UUUGCGCGAGGCUAAUGUGCACCGUUCUUAAAGUCACAGUGACGGCAGUCUUUAGACGCUGGUAUUUGUUUUUAUUUUGCACGACUUGUACAUUAUGUAAAAGAUGGCUACAGCAAACAUAGGUAAUAAACCUCAGCUUCCAAAAGCAUUAUCCUUAAUUUUAGUUGGAAACAAUGAACAUGAAAAAUGUGAAAGUGGUAAUUCAAUUUUAUGCAAAAAUGCAUUUAACAUGGCACCAUUUCCUGAAGAUGAUACAUGCAAAUACAAAGGUUACGAAAUACAAGUUGUUGAUUUUCCAGAUGUUUUCAACACUAAACUUAAAACUGAAGAUGGAAUUAAACUAUUUCGUACCCAGAUGCUUAAUGUGUUAUUGGCAAAACCAGAAGGUUACAAUGCAUUUCUUAUAAUCGUGAGGUUCCAAAUGCCUUUUAUUAAAAUAACAGAUAUUGAUUUUAUUAAACGUAAUUUAGGGCGCGAUGUCUUUAAAAAGUAUGGCAUAAUUUUAAUGACAAACGGUUAUGAUUUUAGAUGGCAAACAAGGUUUAGCCUUAAAACAUUCUGUCAACAACAAACUGGAGAUUUUAAAAAAUUACUGGAAGCUUGCAAUGAUAGAAUUGUUGUUUUUGAUAACAAUAAUUCUGAGAAAGACAUAGAAGUGAGGCAAAGGGAAAAAUUGUUUAAAAUUGUCAUUGAUUUAGAUUUAAAAAAUGAGGGAAUAACAUACAAGAAAAAUCAUUUUGCAAAAGCACAAGGAAUACAUACUGCUGAUAAAACUACAACGGCAAUACAAAUGCACAAAGCAAUACAUCUGACGAAAAAAACUGAAACAGCCACACCAAUAGAAGUAGAGGAGAAAGAGGCCAAAAGGCCAAAAGAAAUAGGCUUAAUUUUAAUAGGAAACAAUGGAAACGGAAAGAGUUCAACUGGCAAUUCUAUUGUCAACAGAGAAGUGUUUAAAUCAAGCUCAAAUGCAACUUCCGAGACCAGAUUUCCUAAGAACUAUAUAUGUACUUUUGACGGUUAUCGAAUAAAUGUUGCUGAUUGUCCUGGCCCUUUGCCUACUUUUAUAAAACCCGAAGACUCGACCGAGAUGAUUACUGCUGCAAUAAAAAUUAUUAUGCUCUCCAACUUGAAAGGAUACAAUGCGUUUCUGUAUGUUGUUCAGUACGGAGCUCGCUUUUCCAAAGAAGAUAUAAAUGCAGUUAAGAUUUUCAAAAGUGUUCUAGGAAGCAACGUCUUUAAAGAUUACGGUAUAAUUGUCAUGACGUACGGAGACAUGUUUAAACAGCAGCAGAAAGGUCUAACGGUAACGCAAUUUUGUGAAAAACAAUUUGGACCUUUCAGAGAUUUGUGGGAAGAAUGCAACAAAAGAAUUGUUUUAUUUGAUAAUAUGAGUAAACUUGAAACCGAUAGACAAAAUCAAAGGUACUAUUUGAUUAAAACUAUCGACAGUCUAGUGUGUAAACAAAGAUACACAGAUAGCUACAUGGUACAACUGCAUACCAAACAUGAAAAUGAUAAUGAAGUACAAGCUAAAACUACCAUAGAUAAAUUAUGCAGUAUUUUAGUCAGUAUGGCAGACCUUACAAACGAGAAAGUGAAAAGUUUCGAUAUGAAUGCUAUUGCUGAGGAAUUGACUGAAUUGGAAUAAAAAAUGAAAACCCUAGAUAUACCGAAUGGGUCAGAAAUCUUAAGAAACAUUGAGGAGAUACGAACAUUUAUAGAAGAGCAAAAAAGGAAGACGGAUCCAAAAACAAAUCACAAAGAGGAGCUUAAAAUUUUAGUAGAUCUUUUUAAUCAAUUACAAGAAUUGAAAGUAUCUCUUCAUAAAAAUAAUAUUUACGUUUUAUUAGCAUUCUUAGUAAAGCCUACAUAUAUAGUACAAGCUUUACCUAAAUUAAAAUGUUUGUAUAAUAAUAAAAACAAAUAGCAAAAGGGGUAAAAUUUAAAAGCACCAAGA